AUGGAGGAUCUCAUCUACGAUCUGCGGACUGGCGGAGACCAGAACGAAUGGACGCAAUGGACGCUGCCUUCCGUGCUCAACUUCCCACCGAAGUCCCGGCCUGUUCCGCUGCUGCCAGGGUCUCAGGGGCCAUCACAAACGCAGAAUGAACAGGCCUUCCUCCACAGGUGGUUUGAGCAUCGUGUGGAUGAACAGCCCGAUAGAACGGCCGUAGACUUCCUCCUGGAUCUUGAGACGGGCAGGAGGAGACAAUUCACCUACCAGCAGCUGGAAAAUGCUGCAAAUGCGCUGGCGAGAGAGCUUUUACGUGCGCAAGGCUCACGUGCUUCAGGCGAUGCGUCCAACGUCAAUACCGUUGCGGUGAUGAUAGGACCAUGUCCAGAGCUCUACACGAGCUACCUGGCAUCUCUCAAGGCCGGCAUGGCCUUCUGCCCAAUUCCUGUGGACGCACCGGCAGGGAGAGUGGAUGCAUUAAUGGCAGACCUCAAGCCCGUUGCUCUUCUCGUUACUGAUUCAUCACCUGCAUCAUCCGGAGCUGUCGCAGGUAAUGCACCCACGAUUGACGUGAGCCCAUAUCUUGCAGCUUGCGACCAGAAGAUAGCAAGGCCGCAAGAGCAUGACGCUCUGUGCGUGGCAGAAACCGAUGUUGCAUACAUCUUGUACACAUCAGGAACCACCGGCACGCCCAAAGGCGUGGCAGUUUCCCAUCUCUCGGUAGCCUGCACCGUGUCUGCCCUGAGCGCCCACUUCGGCUUCAUUCCCACCCUGACCCAGUCACUCAGCGCGAACAAACCUACCAGAUGGUUCCAAGGCGCAGCUCCAACAUUUGACAUCUCCCUAUUUGAGAUCUUCUGGACGCUCAGUACCGGAUCCACCCUCUGCUGCGCCCCGCGCCAGCUGACACUGCAGGACAUCAACAAGGUUGUCACGACGCUGGAGGCUGACAUCACCAACAUCACGCCCAGUUUCGCCACUCUGCUAGACUCUUCGUCCAUCCGAGGUCUGAUGCUCGGCGGAGAGACUUUGAAUGCGCGCGUAGUACGCGAAUUCUCCCAGCACAAUCCCGUAUCCCACAAGGAAGGGGUGCCAGCGAUUAGUGGUGUAUACAACGGCUACGGGCCAACGGAGACAGCAAUUUACUGCAUUGCACAGCCGCAUGUGUCCGAUGGCCAAAGAGGUUCUGUGAUUGGAUCACCCCUCGAGACCUGCGGCGUUCUCAUUGUGGACGAGACUUCCAAGUCAGCGGUCAAGCCUGUACCAAUGGGCGCCAGUGGAGAGCUUCUCAUCACCGGCCCGCAAGUAAGCACCAUAGGUUACCUAAACAGACCUGAUGAGACCUCUAAGGCUUUUAUCAAUGACGAUGGCGCAUCUGGAUGGGGCAGGCUCUACAGGACAGGCGACAGGGCCCGGAUAGUCUGGGAUGAAUCCGGCAGACCUGUCAUCGAAUUCUUGGGCAGAAUAUCUGAUGACCAGGUCAAGCUCAGCGGCAGGCGUGUGGAGCUCGGUGAGAUCGAGAGCGUGCUGAUGUCGAAGGUUGACACCGUGCUGGAAACCGUCUCAUGCAUCUGGAAGCCUGAGAAUUCCGCACCCGGCUCGGAGAGGGUCGUCAACCUCGUUGUCACCACUCCAGGGUCGGAUUUUGAGGCAACAGUCAUGCAAAGGUGCAAAGAGGCAGCAGAACGGCACCUUCCGGAUUAUAUGAGACCUUUUAAAGUGAUCCACGUCGAGACUCUCCCGCGGACCGCGUCCGGUAAAGUCGACCGUAAAGCAGUUUCAGCACAUGUGCGAGCAGUCCUUGAAGAUCUGCAGCCGGCACUUCCAACUAGCCAGGAAAUCGAAGCGCUCAAGCCUCUGGCAGGCGAUGAUGCCGAAGUGGAAGCACAGUUGCUGUCCAUCGUGGCAGACAUUCUGGGAGGAAGCCAAGUUUCAGCUGCCACUCCUCUCGCAGAUGCUGGUGUGGAUAGUCUGCGCGCCAUGAGACUGUUGCGGGAGAUCAGGAAGCGAUGGCAUGGGUCGUCAAACAGAAAUCUGCAACCGUCGAUACACACCCGGCUCGCACAGUUCUCAUCUGACCACCUCUCUGAGGUACUGGAAAAGCUCGAUGGUGCCGGGGAGGCUGAUAUCGAAAUGGUUCUCCCAGCCACUACCCAACAAAGUCAACUAGCAGUCAGUUUCGCGAUGGACAGGACCAGAUACAUCAGCCACACUGUUUUGCGACUCAAGCCGGAAGUCUCUGCACCAGCGCUCAAAAUAGCCAUCGAUGAGAUCUUGAUGGGACAGGCCAUAUACCGCUCUGUCCUGCUGCCAUGUGACGAUUCCCUGUCGCCAUUUGCCCAGAUUAUCCUGACGCAGGAAGCCUGGAAUCGGCCAAAGAGCACUGACGCCGAGGCGCCACAAGUAGUCCACCGAAAGGCUUCUGGGCCACUGUCCGUGGACGGUGCGCAGCGAUGGGUCGCCCUGGCAGAAGAGAACAUUAGCCUAGAGUCUCAGAGGCUCUACCACAUCCAGGUGGUCGAGGACGAGACCUCUCCUGAUAGCGAUGGCCUCCUCCUCAUCAGUGUUGCUCAUUGCAUCUGUGAUGGCGCGUCAGUCGAAGUUCUUAUGUGCGACAUAGCCAGGCGGUAUGCAGGCCUCGAGACUCUCCAGAGGCAAAGCAUAUACGAUGCAGUGCUCGAGUGCUAUUCAAAUGUGGGUCAGGACACGGACGGCUUGUGGCGGGAACAAUUGAAAGGCUGGGAGGUCGAGCCUUUUGGUACGCUGAGUGGCAACAAUGUCCACAGCAACAAGUCCACUAAGUCAGCUUCGGACUGUGGCGUGGUCCAGUACCAGAGUGAUCUCCCAUGGCAAGUUCUCGAGAAUAGGAGCAAAGCCCUGGGUGGUGGUGCGUCCCCACUUGCCAUCCUCCAGGCGUCUUGGUCGCUUCUUCUACAUUUCUUUUCCGAGGCGGACACGGAGGAUGUCACUUUUGGCAGCGUGAUAUCGGGCCACCUAUCUACCACAACACACGCGCCCACAUUCUCUGUUGUUCCAUGCCGCGUGGCCUUGCCUGAGACUCAAACCAUCAACCAGCUAGUCGACGGCCUCACUCAGCAAGGCAAGUUUGCUCUGGUCCACCGGCAUCUAUCUUAUGGAGUCUUCGAGACUCUUCCGUACAACACCGCCCUGGCUCUUCAGGCAUACCCGGUGGAAGAUGGUGGACUCGGGAAUGGACUCUCUCCGCUGCCGUGGACUGAAGUCCGCCACCCUGCCAUUCGCUACGAUUUCCCCAUCUUCGUCGAAGUCUUUCCAAAUGAUCCCUUGUCACCCAGCCGAAGCGAGUUUACCAACUUGACCUUCAAGCUCACGUACCGCGAGGAGACGCUUUCGGAGCUAUCGGCAAGCUGCAUAGUUAAGCAGCUGGCUGCUCUCACGCAGAUCAUGAUCUCCUCCUCGCCUGACGAUGCCAUUUCAUCACUUCCCGCACGUCUGCCGAGAAGCCUCCUAUCUGCCGAAGGAACAGCCUCUCCGGUAGAGGGCCUUGUCAACGAUAACGAAAAGCACCUGGGAAUCCUACACGGGCAAUUCGAAGCUCAAGCCAUGGAGACGCCAGAUAGACUUGCCUUGACCUUCUACCCGUCCCUAGAUUCACCUCCUAUCAAUCUCUCCUACGCCGAGCUUGACGCUCUCGCCAACGGCUUGGCGUACGUUCUCCGCGAGGAAAACGUUGACGUGAUCCCAUUGUGCAUUGAGCGGAGUAUUGACCUGUAUGUCGCCGUGUUGGCCGUCCUGAAGGCCGGUUCCGCCUGGUGCCCGGUUGAUUUGACAUCUCCAGUGGCGAGGCGGACGUCUCUCAUCGCGAGGACAGAAAGCAAGAUAUUGUUGACCAAUACUGAGUCGUGGAGCCUGGUGGAGCCGUGUCUCUCCAGCGAGAGCUUGAAGGGCAUGCGUGUCAUUCUCGUGGAUCAACAUGCGAAGCCGUCGGCAGUCAAGCCGAAGCCGCGAGAUGGAAUUCAGGAUGGUGCCCUGAGUGGGACAGAUCUGGCAUACCUCCUGUGGACAUCCGGAACGACGGGCGAGCCGAAGGGUGUCAUGAUCCAGCACAGUGCUGCGGCACAAGCGAUGCAAGACCUCCAGGUCCAAGUCGAGCACGACCCCACGGUUGAACAAGUACGCACGCUGCAGCUCUCGGCUUACUCUUUCGACGUCUUCGUGCAGGACCUGUUCUACACAUGGGGCCUGAGGGGGAGCGUCAUCAGCGGCACGCGGGAGCUCGUCUUAGGCUCAUUCGUCGAGUUCAUCUGGAAGGCCCGCCCGACGCACGCGCACCUGACCCCUAGCUUUGGUGCCAGUAUCGCCGUGGAGGAGAUCCGAGGCAGUACGCUUCAGUACGUGACCUUCAUUGGCGAGAAGCUGACCGAGGACGUGGCCGAGGCCUGGGCCGCACCUGGUAUUACUACUCGCGCAUACAACACCUACGGUCCAGCUGAAAACGCUGUCGUGUCCACCAUGCGCCGUUUCUACGGCAGGAGCAGAGACCAGGCCAAAGCCGCCAAUGUUGGGUUUCCUCUCAGCCCGUGCACUUCAUACGUCGUCCACCAGGUGCCGGUACUUGGUUCUGACCAGAAACGUUGGGAGCUCGUCCCGCGGUACGGAGUCGGUGAGCUGGCUUUGGGUGGAUCGCAGGUGGCAAAAGGUUACUUGAACAACCCAGCCAAGACCGCUUCCCAGUUCAUCCAAGGUUGCCCAGGGAUCGAUGAGCGCAUCUAUCUGACUGGCGAUAUGGUGAGGCUUAACGACCACGGAUUUGAGUUCCUAGGCAGAAAUGACGAUCUCGUCAAGAUCACAGGUAUCCGCAUUGAGCUGAGCGAGAUCAGUGCUGCCUGCGCCAGCGUCAAGGAUGAGGAUGAUGCUAUCGAGCACGUUGAGACUCUUUAUCUCCCACGACCAGACAGGGAAAGUGUCGAUCAUAAGGUCGUCGUCGCCUUCGUCUCGGUAAAAAAAGAGGAUGUCGACACGAAAGCCAUCCAGGCUCAGGUGUUCAAGAAGGCCAGGGAUAUUCUCCCCUCCUACAUGGUACCGGGGCAUGUCGUCGUGUUGAGCACGACUAUGCCGAGAACUGCAUCGAAUAAGGUCGACCGUAAAGAAUUGCAGGCGAUCUACAAAAGCUCAGACCUGCAGGCCCUGGUGGGAGGAGCCUCUGCCGGAGAUUCUAACGGCCAGGCCGCCGAUAAGCCACAAUGGACUGAUACACAACGUGACGUGUUGCAAGUUCUCGCCGAGAACCUCAAAGUGGAAGUCGGGCCUCUUGGUCCUGGUGACAGUCUGGCUGGGCUUGGUCUUAGCUCCCUCCAGAUCACCAAGUUGGCCUGGACCCUGAGACGGCAGCUCAAAGUCCAAGUCGGAGUGCUUGAGCUCAUGAAGUGCGAGUUCCUCGGCGAGCUGGUCGACGUCGUGCUCAGUAGACAGAAGGGCAGUCAAAAGCUCGCGGACUGCGAGACCAAAUCGAACGGAGCUCCAGCUGCGACAGCGACUGAGCAAACGUGGGUGGCUGCCAUAAGCGACCUCCUCUCAAAGACCCUACGUGGUGACGCACUCCGGCCAAACAGCUUCCUUUUGCCGGCGACCCCAAUGCAGGAAUCCCUCAUAUUCGAGACCAUGCGUGAGCCCAGAGCCUAUUGGGCCCACCGCGUUUUUGAUCUGAGCCAUCUUGAUACGUUUGACGGUGAACGCCUCAAGGCAGCUUGGACCGCAGCCGCAAGCACAUUCGACAUCCUUCGCACUAGCUUUGUUCCUCUGGCACAACUGGAUGCAGUCGCCGAAGGACAAGACCAGUCCACCAACGGCAUCUCUUGGGCCCGUCGGCAGGGUCUCCAGGCCACCAUCCUCCAGAUCGUCCAGGAAGAAGCAGCAAUUUGUUGGAAGUGGCUGUCAAGUGACGAGGACCAGAACUUGGCGAGAUGGGCCCAGGAACCAGGCCUGACGGAGUUGACGCCUGGGACUUCCCCUUGGGCUGUCACAGUCGCAGAGGAAGACCGCAAGAUGAUGCUGAGCAUGCAUCACGCGCUCUAUGACCAUGAUUCGUCUGAAGCCAUCCUCAACGCAGUUGCGAAGUUCUACCAGCAGAACAAUACCGUGCAUGAGAAUGUGGUACAGUUCUCCAGAGGAAUGGAACUCGGUCUGCUGCCCACCACUGCCCAGAGAGACGAGGCCACCACCUUCUGGACUGAGCGUCUUGAUGGGCUCAGGGAAACAGCGGGAGUCUUGAAUGCGCCGUUCCCUGACCUGACGCAGUCUAGGAAGAAGCAGGAACAGAGGAUAAUCGGAGCGAAGAGAUUUGUCCCUGACUUGCUGGCUUCUGGUGCCCCAACGGCUCUUCCAAUCCUAUUCCAGUCAGCCUUUGGGUGUGUUCUUGCAUCCUACCUCGAGCUCAAGGCCGUUAUCUUCGGCCAGACAGUAUCGCAAAGAUUGAUCCACCCGGAACUUGCCAAUGUCGUUGGGCCAGCCAUAGCUACCCUCCCUCUCGCUGUCCGGGCCGAUGCAAACUCCGCUGAAGAGCUGUGGGCUGAGAUGGCGCGUGAUUCUUCCAAUCUCUUCCGUGUUACCCACCACCUGCACCCAGUGGAUAUCAAGAGGCUUCUCAAUCAGGGCACUGGAAGCGGCGAUGCGCCAUUCGCUGGUGUCUUUGUCUAUCAUCCGGACCCCAGCGUUGAUGACGACCACGCCGGCGCCGGCACUGAGAAGCAGCUGUUCCGAGAGGUUGAUCAGGCGCUUUCACUCAAUGUAGAGCACCCUCUUGCAUUCAACGUCUUCGAAGGGGAGGGCAAAGUAGAGCUCACUGGUGACGCGAGGCGUGUGUCACGAGCUCAGUUGGAACUCAUGCUAGACCAGAUCAUCGAUCAGGCAAGGGUCAUGAAGCAAUUCCCACAACUCCCUCUAAGCCAACUGCAAAAUCAUUUGGACCGUCGCCUUGUGUCUAUCAGUGGUGAAAUUGAGGAGGUCGCCACAGACACAGGCUUUGAUCCAACUGAAGCCGUCUCCAAGCAUGCAGUUCAGUACCCAGACUGGAUAGCAGCUGAGGAGGUGCACACCAGCGACGAUCUCGACGAUGAGCGGGACGCAUCGUCUACCAAGACCAUCACAUACGCUCAACUAGACAAGCUCACCAACGCCAUUGCCUCCCAGCUAGCAUCGCACGAGGUUGGUCUCCAGCAGGACGAUGUCGUCGCCUUAUAUCUCGGCAGAGACAUCAAGUCUCUGGCCGCAACUCUAGCCAUUUUCCGCGCAGGUUUUAUAUACCUCCCCGUGGACGAAGACCUGCCACUUGCACGAAAGCAACUGCUGAUACGUGAUGCUGGCGCGAAGCUUGUCAUUACCACCCAGGAGCUCGCAAAGGAGCUGGAUAUGGAUCACGACGAUCCUCCAGCCUUGUUGCUUGCCGAGGGCGACGGAGAGGUGGAUCUCAUACUCGAGCAGCAGAUGAACGCAUUCCAGCCUCCGUCUGCAAGCGACCGCGGUGAAGGUGGUUACCUGCUAUACACAUCAGGCUCGACUGGUCGGCCCAAGGGUGUCCGCGUUUCCAACCGGAACCUGUGCCAAUUCAUCUCCUCUUUCUCCCUGCGCAUGAUUGAAACCCCUUCUCCAGAGGCUGAGACAGAACAACUAGGCGGCUGUGGCAAGUACCUCAACCUCACCUCCAGGGCCUUCGACCCGCACCUCACGCAGCUUUUCGUGCCCUGGCAUCUUGGUUACCGAGUCGUCAUUGGCAACCGGAUCGCGCUUCUGGGUAACCUCCAGCACGUCAUCAACGAGCUGGGAAUCACACACUUCGGCAGCGUACCCUCUGUGCUGACGCAGCUACGGCUUCGACCGGAGGAGGUGCCCUCCGUCAGGGUGGUGACGACCGGCGGUGAGAAGGCGUCAAAUGAGCUUCUGGACACGUGGACAAGCCCAGGCGAGAGUUCGCGUGCCAAACUAAUCAACUUCUACGGUCCGACUGAGGUUACGAUUGGCUGCCUCGGCCAUAUUGUGAACCGUCAUUCCAAUGCCCGUAACCUCGGCCUGCCGCUCAAGGGCCUUCAAGCUCUUUUGCUGGCGCCUCGCGGUGACGGCCAACAGAUCAUAGCCAGGAGGGGCCAGCCGGGCGAGCUCUGUAUUUCCGGCCCUCAGGUGGCCCUGGGCUACCUGAACAGACCCGCAGAGAACGCCAAGAGCUUCCAGACGACCUCUCUGCUGGCCGACGCCGAGACAAGAAUUUACAGGACAGGCGAUGUCAUGAGGAUGAUGCACGACGGCACCCUGGAGUUCCUGGGCAGAGCUGACCAGCAAGCCAAGAUACGUGGCCAGCGGCUCGAGCUAGACGAGGUUGUCUCUUUCCUGAAGGAGCAGGCUGCAGACGAAGGUGAGCUGGACUUCGCCGCUGCCGUUGCCGUGGGUCAAGGAAACCAGCAGCAGCUGUUCGGCUUUGUCGCGCGCAAGGCACGCCUGAGGAGUGAAAUGACUGCUGAGGUUGAGCUGCUCCAGAACCCUGGCCAGGCCUUGUCGUCGCUGCUGGAGAGCCUGGGCCAGAAGUGCGAGUCCAAGCUACCGGCGUUCAUGGUCCCCAAGCUAGUCUGGGUGUCGAGAAUUCCGUACCUGGCUGCUUCUGGCAAGGUUGACACCAAGCUCCUGGCUAAGCUGGCAAAUGAUGUCGUGGUCUCGCAAGACUCUGAUGGUGAGGAUUCUGACGAUUCUGGAGUCGACGUCGCCUCGAGCAGCCUAAAUGACGAGGAGUCCCUUGUCGUUGCAGCUGUAGAGGAGGUCGUCGGCUACAAAGUCAGUGGCGAGGCUAGCAGCAGCAUUCGCCUCGGCAUUGACAGCCUUUCUGCUGUUCAUCUGGUCGCUCUCCUGAGGAAGCGCGGGUUCUCGAAGGUCAGCGUUCCUGAUGUCCUGUCAUCCUCAGCCACGGUAGCAUCCAUAGCCCGGCUGACUGACGAUAAAAGUACGCAAACUACUGGAGUCCUGCAGCAGUUUACCCCAGGUGAAGACAACGGGCUGGAAGAAGUCAGGUCUCUCAGUCUCGAAACCGUUUUCUCCGGCCAGAUCCCAGCAGGUCUGUCCGGAGAUGAUGUCGAAGCAGUGUUGCCUUGCAUCCCCCUUCAAGCGGCAUUGGUCGCCCGAUCUAUGGUUUGGAUGAGUGCAAAUAACCAUGAGUUCGCUUCAUCGUCGCAGUCAAAGGUAGUCCCGUACGUGGCACAAUUCAAUUACCGACUUUCCCAAGGCACAGACCUUGUCAUAUGGCAGAAUGCAGUAAAGCAGGUCAUCGCGUCGGAGGCUAUGCUGAGAGCUUGUUUCGUCCAAAGGGAGGAUGAUGGUGCUGUCUUCCAAGUUGUACUCCGAUCCCCGUCUCCCACGCCAUUUGAGACUGAAGGGGAAGAGCCCGUUGACAUCGUGGCCAAGAUGAGCACACAACCCCCUAUCAGAAUUCAGCUGAGAAAUGAAGGUGACGAUGCCUUCGUCUCCCUGAGGAUUCACCAUGCGUUAUUUGACGGUGUCGCGAUUGCUGUGCUGCUCCAGAAGGUUGGGCAGACCUAUGACGGCAGCCCGUCCCAGGGGCACGUGGCCAUUGCCAACAAGAGCCUCGACGUGCUCACAAGAGUAUCUGCCCACUGCGUCCUCUCGCCCGCGCAGCUGGAAGCCUGCAAGGACCUGUGGCAAAAGAGGUUGCGCGGCGUCCGGCCGUGCCAUAUUGGCCCCAUUGACGACAGCAAGGAGACGGUUCGUUCUGUCCGAACUCUUCCCUGGACUCUGCCUCAGAUCAGAGAAAAGUUGAACUCCCAGCGUUCCAUCGUGUCUGCUUCAUCAACCUUCCAGGCUGCAACAGCCCUAUGCCUGUCUCAACUCACCAAGCAGACGACCUCCGUGGUGUAUGGGUUUGUCAUGUCACUCCGCCCCUUGCUCAGCCAAGUCGUUGAAGGCGGGGUGGACGACUUCCUCGGGCCUUGCCUCAAUACCCUUGUGCAGGCUUUCCGCCUAAAGAAGGGCGAGACCUUGCAUGAGUUCGCCCGGAGGGUCUACCAGACUCACGUCGACACCUGUCAGGGACCGAUGCCCCUCGUGAGCGUGGAGAAGGUGCAGCGCUGGGCGGGUUCAGAAGACAGAUUGUUUGACAGCCUGCUAAGUAUCAACUUCAUCCCCUCUGCAGAUUCAUCGGAGCUUCUUCCGGGCCGCAUGAGUGCUCUGCAUACCGAGAGCAGGGGUGACAUGGCCUUGGCCUUCGACGUUGACCUGCACCAUGAUGGCAGGAUUGUCCUGAUGCUUUCUUCCGCCGGUGUCUUGAACGCGUCAGAUCUAGAACACGUUGGGAGGCUGUUUGAGAAAGCCGUCGGCACAUUCAUAUCUGUCGAGAACGAGGCCAAAGUGGGGGACUUAUUGUCGGUUGAUGUUGAUGCAAAUGUGGUGGCCGAGGUCGCUCCCGAGAUCCCAGACGCAGACGACCACAGUGACUCGGGUGCCGAAUUUGGAGCAGCCUUGGCCAGCGUGCGGAACAUCCUAGGCCGUCUCCUCCGCGUCGACCCAUCCAAUAUCAGCAAGGACAAGACGACGUCUUUGUAUCAGAUCGGCUUGGACUCUAUCACUGUCCUCCCGCUUGUCAGGUCAAUCAACAAGUCCGAAAAGGUCAAGCUGACACCCGAUGCUGUGCUCAAGGCCCGAACUAUCCACGGCACCGCGAGGCUGCUGCAGCGGGCGCGGGCGUGGGCGCGGGCGAAUACCAAGGCCGUCACCAGGAGGUCAGACCAGACCUCAGCAGAUGCAAAUGAUGAUGACGAGACAAAGUACGAAAAGACAUUGGGGCGGCUUGCCAAGGACCUCCUGUUCGUGGCAACGCCGCUCCAGGAGGGCAUGCUCAGUGCUUCACUGGCCACGUCGGGCAGAGCCUACACUUACAACCACACAGUGCAGCUGUCAGAGGAUGCACUGAAGGCAGACACCAAGGGUCUUGAUUACUUCUUCGCUGCUGUUCAGGACACAGUCCAGGUGUGCGAGAUCCUGAGGACCAGGUUUAUUCUCACCCAGGACGAUGAGGCCCCAUGGCUUGGUAUCGUCUCCCCGACUGAACAGAGCGACCUGGCCAGCUGGACCCAUCUUGGCGGGGGCAAGAUCCAGUUGAGGAUAAGCCACGCGCUUUACGACGCAUCUUCGAUCCAGACUAUCUGGAAUAUCCUGGGUGACAACUACAAGAGGCGCCUGGGCGGCCAGCAGAUCCCAGGCCCCGACACUGAAGCGCGACAGCAACAUAAGUUCCGUCCAUUCGCAAAGGCCGUUGCCACGACGCAAAGGGCGUCCGUAGCCUUCUGGGCCAAUCUCCUACGUGGCUACAGCUACAAGCCCCUCGAAGUUUUGGAGAACCUCUCGGCAUCGGCCGCUUUCCACUUCACCAUCACAGAAAAUGAACUGUCCUUGCUCCAGACGAGAUGCAAGGCGGCCGGCGUGACCACCAAGACCGCAUUGAUGCUAGCCUGGGCAAAGGUCCUCUCCGAGUCCAUGUACGGGCAACCCGACGUCGUCUUCGGACAAGUCGUUUCAAGCGGACACGAUGUCGAGACCGUCGUGGGCCCCACAAUCAACACGGUGCCCAUGCGUGUCACGCUUGACAAGACACACAGCGUGACUGAUGGGCUUUCUCAAGUUCAGAGGCUGAGCGACGAGGCUCUGGGAUCCGUUGCGCUGGCAUCCUUGAGGAAGGUGCAGACGGCAUGGCGAUCCUCAGCAGCUAAUGCCCACGAACUUCCCGCAAGCCUGUUCCAGAGCCUGUUCGUCUUCGAUGGCGUCGUCGGCAACCAAGACAAUGGGAGAAUUGGUACUUCAGUAUCUUUAUUCAAGCCAGUUCAUGAACAUUCCAACAAUGGUGACGAUCAGCCGGUUUAUGAUGACUAUGAUCUGAUCACCAGCUUCCGGAUCGAGAAUAACACACUCAGGGGAAAGCUGAGGGCGAGAUUGACCAAGACUGAGGUGGACACCCUAGGAGGUCACCUACAGGCUGCAGUGAGAUCGAUCAUUUUGGACGACUUGCAGAAGCCUGCGCUUGAUGUCAGUCGCAUGGAGAGCACGAAGCAAAGCACCGCCGCCAGGGGGGAGAAAUCAAAUACCGCACGGCCCGAGGUGAAUACCUCUACCACCAAGGCCAAUUCUGUUUUGGAGGUUGUCAGAAGCGUGCUUGGGAAGAGAAGCCAGGGAAAGGAGAUCGGGUACAACACGAAGCUCAUCAAUGUGGGCCUAGACUCCAUCCUGGCCAUCCGUCUAUCAAGCCUCCUGAGGAAGCGUUUGCGGAUGACCGUGGGCGUCUUCCAGAUUAUGAAGGGCGCGACCGUGAACGAAAUCAUCAUCGCGGCCUCGACUCAGAGCCUAGACACUGAUGUCAGGCACGAGGAUGGCCAGAAGAGCGUCCAAUCAGCCACUAGGCCGCGCGUAUUCACUGCCCAACAGCAGGCGAAUCUGCUUGCUGAGGCAGCCCAAAGACUGGGACUAGACCGCGAGCUUGUGCAGUCCGUACUCCCAGCUCUGCCGGGGCAAAGAUCCCACCUAGAGCAGUGGCUGUUCAAUGGCAAGAGGUUCCUCGAGGCGCCAUGGGUCUACAGAAUCGGCGACUCUCUAGACAAGCAGACGACACAGGUGGAGGAAGCAGGGCUCGUCCAAGUCACUCUGAGCGAGCAGUUUCCCCCUUCAGAAAACUUCGCAAGGCUUCGUGACUUGUCCAAACACCUUGAAGCCCUAGUUGAAGAGUGCGUCCGCGACGACAAUAACAAGCCCACGGGCCUGAGGCAGCCCCCAGCCCGACUGACUCUCCUCGAAGGCUCAGAUGGCAAGGCUGUCGUGCUCCGACUGCACCACGCACUGUAUGACGCAUGGAGCAUCAAGAUGAUCGUCAACGACCUGGACCGGCUCUUGGCUGGAGGCGACUUGCAGCGUCGCACGCAGCUUAUAGACGCGGUCCACCAGAUAACGGCAAUCAGAGAGCUUAGUGCAGAGAACUCGUACUGGGAAGCCCACCUGGCACACGCGGAGGACACCCUGCUCGGCAACCAAGACGAUGCGGCCUCACCUUCGCCCUUUGGCCCUCACUUCCAGGUGAGAAGCCAAAAUGCCAUCCCACAAGCCACCGCCGACAAACUCUCGCAAACAGCCGGUAAGGCGGGCACCUCAGCGGCCAUCAUCCUUGCGUACGCCAGGACGCUGCAGAAUCUCACAGGAUGCUCCCGGCCCACCUUCGGCGUAAACCACGCGGCGCGGUCGCUGUCCUCAGCGGACGAGACCCAGACCCUAGACCUGACCGACGCCAACGCCCCUACCAUGACCACGACCCCCUUCAGCCUUGAUCUCGGCGAGGCGUCAGCGGCCGCGAAUGACAAGGAUCUGAUCGAGUUCGUGCAGGGCCACUUGGCGCAGCUCACCAAGUUCGCGCAGUCGGACGGCGCGCAGAGGUUCAGCCCCAGGUUCAACGCGCACAUCAACAUCCUCUACCCCGGCGAAGCCAAGACCGACGACGGCAACAGCCAAGGUGACGCCGGGCUCGCGGUGCUCCAGAGGCACAGGCUUGACGAGCGCCUUGCCUCGGAGUACUUCACCGUCACGGAGCCGUCGACCACCGCGGACUCGAUGAUCGAGGGGCUCGAGACGGGCCACCUCAGCCCACACAGGUUCUUUUUCAACGUCAUUGUCCGUGACGGCGGGGUCAGCGUCGCGGCGAGUGGCGACGAGGCUCUUUUUGGUGGGGACCGCGCGGCGGUCAUGGGCUUGAUGGAUAGCUUCGCUGCGGAGCUGACGAAGAUCCUUGAGCGCGUCUAG